AUGACUGUCAAUACCGAUCCAGAGAGCAUCGUCAAUGAACCUGGCCGCGGCUUCUUGGGCCAUCUUGCGUCUUUUAUUCAACGCUAUCCAUACCGGGGGAGGCAGCAGUUCCUCGUCGAUUUUGAGGCGGAACGGCACCGCCAUCGAACCGAUACCAGCGGGCAUGUCAGUGAAUGGUUUCUCCUGACUGGAGUUGAUAACCACAUCUUUAAAAGCGAAUUUAUCGAUCCCGUCAACCAGAAAACCCCAUGGACAUCCUGGAACUCGUACGACGCUCAUCUCCAGUUGUUGCUCGUCAAAAUGACCAAGUCACCUGCUCACGAAACCGCCUCCAUGACCUUCCACAAUAUAUUUCUGGAAGCUGUGGAGCCCACCGGGCUAAAGCGCUCCCUCAAGGAGAUUGGUAGCGCCACACACUUCGCUUCCCUGGGUGCCAAAGAGCCUGAUCAAGCCUGGCGGCCACAUCGACUUCCCUCCAACCGCUCGCGAGACUGGCCCAGCGUCGUGAUGGAGAUCGCCUAUUCUGAAACCGAGUCGAAGCUGGGAUCUGGCGUGCGGUUCUGGAUGCGAGCGUCGGGGGGCGACGUCAAGGUCGUACUUACCUUGCGCAUCAAUCGCCAGCAACCUAAAAUCAGGAUUGAAAAGUGGGUGAGCAACAACAGCAACAACAAUCGCCAUCAUCUUGACCAGAGCGUCACCAUCUCAAAAGCAGACAAUAACCGUAUCAUAAUAUCCAAUGCGCCGCUUACCAUUGAUUUUGAGGAACUGUUUCUGCGACCAGCUAGCAUGCCAAGAGAGAGGAACAUCGAGGUGGACGCAGAGAAGCUACAGUACUUGGCAACGGAGAUAUGGGAUGAGCAGGGAUUCUUAAAGAGAGAGCAAAUCAAUAAAUAUCUUCCAUCUUGAAGCGGGUAGCUAGGGGAAUUUGGGAGUCGAUUAUCCACGACUAACGAGGUCUAUAUGGAGAGGUCUAGUUUGACGAAAGAGGAAGCUAAAUGUGCGGACACGCUGGCCUAUCCGACUAAUUAUCCGGUCGAUUCUGAUCACUUAC